AAGGGUAUGAAUCUGUGAUGGCAAUGAUAAUGAUCAGUGAUACAUAUAAAGCUUCACCAUUUCCAUGCUACGGGAUGUCGAGCCGAAUAUCAGUUCACACGACGCCUGGCUUUUUCCUCCGUUGAUAAUCGUCGUUCUUUCAUUGCAUAUAACUGUGGGCGUGAGUGGGGAGGAUGAAGCCCUAUAUCAAACCAUUCCUGGCGUUUAUUUUGAUUCCACCUGUGCGCAGUUUCUUGUUAUGUGCACAUCGCGAUCGUUUGAAUAUGAAAAAGCCAUUAAACCGGGGGGCAAUACAGGGUAGGCUGAUAGCGUCCGUUCAAGUAGCCUAUCAUUGCCAUUGGCAUGACCCUAGAGAACAUAGGGAUGAUAUGAUCGUCUGGACUCUGCAGUGUGUCUGUAUCUCAGAGGAGGACCGGAACUUGGUUCCCGAUCAGAACCAGAGACAAUUUGGUUAAAAUUUGUUCGGGCACAACCUCGGGGAAAUGAUUCACCCACGGUUUCUCGUAUCGUCCCCAUCUAUGAAGCGCUUACAGGCGCC